ACAGGUGGGGGAAAUGUCUGUACCAAGAUUCCAAAAAAUAAACUUUGGAACAUAUGAUAAUUACAUUCCAGUCAGUGAAUUAAGCAAAAAAUCAUGGAAUCAGCAACACUUUGCCCUGGGAUUUCCCAAACCACCAAGACCAGGAAAAAAAAGGAGAUCAAAACCAUCCCAAUUACGAGACAAUGCAGUUCUUGUACAUGAUUCAGACAAAAUAAAAGAAGGUCCUAAACGACCAUUAUGGAUGCACAGUUCUUUAAUGAGGAUUUCUGAGAGACCAUCUGAGUAUUUAGCUGCCAGGAGGCAGCGUCCAUAUAAACCAACCCAUCACCCAAAGGAAGAUGCUAAAGUAGCAGACGUAGAAAAACUUGUAUCUCCAGAAACAGCUAAGAAAGAUGAAAAAGAUGUUGCAAAAACAGAUGCCAAAAAAGAAAGAAAAGAUUCAAAGAAGGGCAAGGAGUCAGGUACAGAAUCUGAAGAUGAAAAGAAAGAUGCCAAGAAAGACAAGAAAGCUGCAAAGAAGGACAAGGAAUCAGGUACAGAAUCUGAAGAUGAAAAGAAAGACGCCAAGAAAGACAAGAAAGCUGAAAAGAAGGGCAAGGAAUCAGGUACAGAAUCUGAAGAUGAAAAGAAAGAUGCCAAGAAAGACAAGAAAGCUGCAAAGAAGGGCAAGGAGUCAGGUACAGAAUCUGAAGGUGAAAAGAAAGAUGACAAGAAAGACAAGAAAGGUUCAAAGAAGGGCAAGGAGUCAGGUACAGAAUCUGAAGGUGAAAAGAAAGAUGCCAAGAAAGACAAGAAAGGUUCAAAGAAGGGCAAGGAGUCUGCUACAGAAUCUGAAGGUGAAAAGAAAGGUGCCAAGAAAGAUGCCAAGAAAGACAAGAAAGGUUCAAAGAAAGAAAAAGGGUCUACAGAAUCUGAAGAUGUGAAGAAGGUUAAGGAUGAGAAAAAAGAUUCAAAGAAACCAGGAGAGAAAGAUGAUCAAUCAAAAGACAAGAAAGAUGCAAAGAGAAAGGGGAGUAAAAAAGAUAAGAAAGAUGAAAAGAAGGCCGGUGGGACAGAUACUGAAUCGAAGGAUGAUGCUAAGAAGGAAGCUAAGAAGGAUGCCAAGAAGGAUACCAAGAAGGAUGCCAAGAAGGAUGCCAAGAAGGGCAAGUAAGCCUUGAAUAAUAAUUCAAAAGCAUUUGAUAAGCAAUUUUAAAGUAGUCUGAAACUGAAUAUGAGUGACAAGGGGAUUUAAAGAAUUAAUCAAAUAAUUUUUAAAA